UAACGUAAUGAGAGAUUAGUCACAAUACGUUUGUGUUGUUGCACAAGUCCGGAGGUUUAGUCUUAUCUUUAAAUACCUUCCCCUCAGCUUUAGCAUGUUUUAAUCGCUCUCUUAUAUGCGGUUAGAUCUCACGUCCCCACCCUCCUGACACUGAGCAGCAGACAUGGUAGAGCCAACAACACACAAGUUUACAUCUCUCGAAGAGGAGCUAAGCUUCUGGAAGGAGCAGGCAGAGGCACAUCAGCUAAGGGCUGAUGUGGCUCAGGAGGAGCUGCAGGAGUUUCAGCAGAUGAGCCGAGACUAUGAAGCAGAACUGGAGACCGAGCUGAAGCAGUGCGAGGUUCGAAACAAAGACCUGCUUUUAGACAACAACCGACUCCGCAUGGAACUGGAAAACAUAAAGGAGAAAUUCGAGACUCAGCACUCUGAUGCUUUUAGACACAUCUCAGGCAUGGAGGAAGAACUUGCACAAACCAAAGCAGUGAGAGAUCACCUGCAGAAAUACAUCAGAGAGCUAGAGCAGUCCAAUGAUGACCUGGAGAGGACCAAAAGGGCUACCAUCAUGUCUCUGGAGGACUUUGAACAGCGGAUGAACCAUGUCAUUGAGAGGAAUGCCUUUCUGGAAAGUGAGCUGGAUGAGAAAGAGAACCUGCUUGAGUCUGUGCAGAGGCUGAAGGAUGAAGCCAGAGACCUUCGUCAGGAGCUGGCUGUACGUCAGAAGGAAAGACGGCCGUCCAGCAGUCUGGGCAAAGACACAGAUCGGGCAGAUCUGACCUGCCCCUCAGCUGGUAACCCGUCCAUCCCCGCCACACCCGCCAAACCUAUCAGCUCGUACGCCACGCCCCCUGCUUCCAAUAUCCGACGAGGCGAUGGUCUAACGGGGACUCCCCUCACUACGUCUGCGAGAAUAUCUGCACUCAACAUUGUCGGGGAGCUGCUGAGAAAAGUUGGGAAUCUGGAGUCAAAGUUGGCGUCUUGUCGAGACUUUGUGUACGACACGUCUAUCAGCAGACCAGCACUUCCGGCUGCCUCUGGUAGUCCUUCUGGUUUAGAAGGAGGCUCGGAGGUCCAAGCAAGCAGCAUGAGCCCCCCUCCUCAGUACGACAGUUUAGUGAAACGGUUAGAGUUCGGACCAGCUCCUCCGAGAGGUAUCUCCCAGGGGCCCCAGUCUCCGCAGGGAGGGGUCAAGAUUCUGCUUUGAGAAAAAGGGCUGUAAUCCACAUUUCUCCUGACCCCCUACCCGUCCCCUCUCCAUCCUUAAUAAACUACAGCAAUGGGACUUUGAACUGUCUUCCGUGUCGCCACGUGCCCUGCUGAACUAUUUUGAACAAGAGAGCCACUCUCCUCACUCCAUGCUCCACAUAAUCAGCGCAUGGACUCCUGCUGCCUCAGGCUAGUAUCACACCAUAUCUAUGAUAGCAAGCAGCACUACAGCUUGUGUAAAAUCGAGAUCAUAUCAUCUACUGUAUCUUUGACACUGUGGUGCGUAGCAUCGGGAGAAAUGAUCCCUCUGUGUCUACUGAUAUGCUUUUCAGUGUGGAUCAAGCUCAACAGGGCUGUUGAAAUGUUACUGCUCCUAGAAAACUAAUGUAGGCUGGUGGCUGAACUUGUUCAUUCAUGAUAGAAGAGGGACCUGAUUAAGAGUCAGUGGUUUAAUAACAGCCACUGGAUGUGACCGAAAUUACUGAGGGACCAAAAACGUCGAGGGACAUUUAGAAAAAGUUGUUUGUGACCAAAUCCAAACCAAAGCUUUGAUGAUUGAAACACUGAUCAAAGAUAAAAGUAAUGGAUUAGGGUUUUUUUUCCUCUUUGAAUCUGAUAUUAAACCAUGGUAAAGCUUAAUGGUUAAUUUCAAUAGCAAAGUCUGUUUUUGUUGUGUAUUCUUUAAACGAUAGACUUGGAUGAUGUAGCACUGAACAACACCGACAUUAAUUAAUUUCAGUAGAGACAAGCUGGUCUCAUUCCCGUGGUGUCAGAUACAGCAGCCUGGUCAGUGGUCCGUCACACGGCACCUCACAGCAUCUGUAUGAGACGCACAGGGCCUUCAACUAACCCCAGUGUAAUCCAAUCAGCUCAUUCACAUGGAUUCAGGCAGAUGGAAAACGCCCUCUGGACGGCACAGGAAAAAGACACAGUCAUACAAAAUGGUAGGACAGUAAAACGAAACAUGCAUGAUAAUACUUAGAGAUAAUGAUGCCGUAUUGUUUACAAAGAAUGGAAUAAAAUAUUUAAAAUGAAAUAUUUUAUGUAAUAACAGGCUCUUCUGCAGAGGAGGACUGCGAAAAGUUAAAAUGUUUUAACUUUGAAGGCAAUGCAGUUUACCAUUAUUGUUGCCAGUACUCUCUGCCGGCAUUACCUUAUUUUACCGUCCUGACUGUCCACUAAAAUGAUAUCUAGUUGGCCGUCUACCAUCUCCCUGAUUCCAUGUGAAUGAAGCGUAAUAGAAAAUCGCCCAGAAAAUCAGGUUUUUUUCCCCCAUGUAAAACCAAAAAUGGACUUGAGUUGUUUCUACCUUGUAACAAAGUUACUGGCUUUUGUCCAAUGACAUACUGAGAUUUGUAAAUCCAAACCAUGAUAAUUUUUGUAAUGUUGUGUUCACACCGGACGCGAUAAAAAAUUUCACCUCGCGUUACUUGCAUGUUGACAGUUGUUGGAGUAUUUUUGGAGCAAUUUUCAACUCGCAAAAAUUCGCUGUCAGCAGCUGUGGUUGUGCUUGUGCUAACAGCUGUAGUGGUAAUCUAACGGCUAUAAUGUUUAGCUAAUGGCUGUAAUGAUUAGCAAACGGAUAACUUUGUUUGCAGUGAAAUACAACAGAAAGUUCGAAGUAAACACGGAGCUCUGUGCCCGGAAGCAGAGUUAACCAAGACGCUAACGCUCUUUAUUAUUUAUCAGACUGUCACAGCAGCAUAUUACACGCCCUCCGGUGUUACAAUAAAAGACCAAAAUUAUUACUCAGAGCAUUUUGCUAAAAGAAACUCCACAGAUAUUUCGAACACAAGAUAAUGGUGUAUUUUCAGACCUUACCGUGUAAUUUUACAGCUUCGCUCGCUGACCUCUGAGUCCUUCAGGUCCUCAUUUGUUCUGUCUCUGUACAGUACCGUGUAGCUCCCUGUGUUGACAGACAGCAACAUUUUUUAUCCGUCACUUCUGGGUCUCGGUAGAGUCAGGAGAGUCUCAGCUGAUAGGCUAUUGCAACGCUGCCUCACACCAAGUUCUCGCUCAAGUUGAAAAAUUCAACUUGCAUGAAGACACAAAAUUCGUGUUUACGUUUUCUUUGCGUCAUGUCCAUAGUGCUACCUGGUGUGAAUUUGCGUCUGUUUGGGUCUUUGCAU